UGUAUACAAAAAAUCAUGCUGGGACUUUUAAAAAAUGUCAUUUAGCGUGAUUUGAGAAUAUAAGAUCAUUUUAAUAUUUUUGUCAUUAACUUGAGAAUAAAUGUAACUUUCUGACUACCUUGAACCAAUGUAUGACGUAUAUACUAGUACAUUUGCUAAAAUGGAAACUCCAGGGGCAUAUAGAAUGGAGAACAAAGUCUUCUCAGAAACCAGGCAUGUAACUGCUUCCACUGUAUUAAAUCAGUGUACACACUUUAAACGAACGACCGUUAUGUGUUUUAUAAAUUAUAUAAUAUUUGUCUUUGAAAUAAAACCCUCAAAGAAUAAUUUAAUAUAUUAUUUACAUUUCUUGUCUUUGAAAUUAAUUAAACCAUAAAAAGAGAUAAUUUACUCACCAUUAGUUCAGUUGCUGAAUUGUCGCUGAACAUAUGUGUCUAGACACACUAGGAUUCUUCUGUUAUAACAGUUAUAUUUUGUCCACAAAAAUAAUUGGAUAAAAUGAAAUUUAAAUCAAAGAUUGUGAUAUUAAUCUCGACUUUAUUGUUUGUACUUCAUAUAAUAUCGUCGACUAUCGUUCACUGGAAGAAAUACGACUUUAUACGUCCAAGUUUACCACUUAUCUGCAAGUCAAACAUGAUUCUUUUCUCUGCUACCGUUCAACAUCUGAUGGAAUGCAGCAAGAUUUGUUUCACGCAACACAGCUGUCUCGUUAGCUUAUUCAAACCGGACAGUCAUGAAUGUAUUGGAUGCCAGGAGUUUAGGAUUUGGUAUGUUGAGACUGCACCAACAAUAAAGCAUGCCAUCAGACCACAGAAACGUGUAGUGAGCGACUGUAAAGAAAUUCUUGAUGAAUACCCGGAAGCAGAAAGUGGUUUUUAUGAGAUAAAACUAUGGAGUUCUAACAAGACACUGAUUGUGAAUUGUGACAUGGAAACUGACGGUGGCGGCUGGACGAUAUUUCAUAGGCGAUUUGACGGGUCUGUUGACUUUUAUCGAAACUUCACAGAGUAUGAAAAUGGGUUUGGAAACACGGGAGAAGAACUGUGGCUAGGCCUGAAGUACAUACAAGAACUAGCUGACCAAAGUCAUACAGAACUUCGCAUUGAUAUGACAAAUUACCAGAACGUCACAGGCUAUGAGACCUUUCUAGCUUUCAGGUUGACAGAUGGAAUAAUGUUUAGACUCAGCAUUGGGUUACGUAACGCAUCAG